AGAUAACAGUAGGGUUAUUCUGGGUGUGCCACCACGACGAACAUUAAUGCAUGGAGAAAGUCCUAUAGUUUUCUCGAUUUACAGAGCUCGGAGGAGAAAUACAAUUCUCACUGUCUGUCAUGCAACAUGACUGGAAUACAUGCUGGCGGUAGCUCGAUGGGGUAUGUGCAGGAUAUAUUUGAAGAUAGGUUGCAUUUGUAGAAUUCGACAAACUUUGUAUGGUAAAAUAUUCCCCCUUUUUUGCCAAUACGGAAGUCCUUUCAUGGAGUUGAAUCACAUGACUUCAGGACCGCGUCAUCGUGAAGCCUGUUAGCAGCUAUUUGGAUCAUGUAAACACCAAGCUAACAACCUAGCACGCCACUGUUUUUAUAAGAAUAUGUUGUGAUGGAUGACUUAAUCAGUCGUUUAGAUAGUUUUUCCAUGAACGAUAGCUAUGUGUUUUGUUAAGCCAUAAACAGAAAGUCCAUCUGUGAGCAAGGCCUUCAAGUUAGCAAAUCAGUCUAGCGUUUGAUGUGUGGCUAGCUCUGAAGCUAGCUAGCCAGCUGGCUAGCGUUUCUGGCACGGUUUGUAGCUUGUUAGCUAACUAUAACGUUGGCUAUGACUAUGCAAGGGGAAACCGCCAGUGCAAUACGAAUAUCGGACAGUGAAGGGAAACUGGAUGUCUUUCCCCAGAAAGGGAUGCCUGGUAGUUCUGGGAGAGGGAGUUCUAAAGGCUGGCAGUACAGUGACCACAUGGAAAAUAUUGAUGGUUGCCUGAUGAAAUACACCAACCUGGUAACAGGAUGGCAAUAUAGGUUCUUUGUCCUCAACAACGAGGCAGGGUUGUUGGAGUAUUUUGUCAAUGAGCAGUCCAGGCCCCAGAAACCUCGCGGGACACUCCCCUUGGCAGGGGCGGUCAUAUCCCCCAGCGACGAGGACUCUCACACCUUCACGGUCAAUGCCAUAAGUGGGGAACAAUACAAGCUCCGAGCCACGGAUGCCAAAGAGAGACAGCACUGGGUGAGCCGGCUGCAGAUCUGCACGCAGCACCACACUGAGGCCAUGGGGAAGAGUAACCCUCCGCCCAAGUCUCGCAGCUACUCCAUGGCAUCUCAAGGGAGCGCCAGCUCGCCCCUGUCCCAGCGCAGACCUAGCCAGCUCCAGAACCAGAACGCGGCCUCCUUCUUCAGCAUGACUCAGCUCCACAAGGGCUCUUCGCUGUACUCCUCCAAGAGGUCCCUGCUGCCCGACCAUCUGCUUGACGCCAGAGAGAUGAUGACCCAGGCCCAGGCCCAGCACCGAGACCUGAUCCAGACCAUCGAGGGCCUGCCCCCGGCCGCGGGCCCCCUCUCCCCGCUGGACCAGGACCUGCUGAUGCUCAAGGCCACCUCCAUGGCCACCAUGAACUGCCUCAACGAUUGCCUGCACAUCCUGCAGCUGCAGCAGGUGGCCCGCCAGAAGAGCUCCCUGGGAGGGCCCACCAUCGAGUGGCUGGAGCCCAAGCUGCCUGACAUCCUGAAGAACGGCGGGCCCUUGGACAGCUUCAGCACUGAGGGAGGGCUGCUGGAGUGUGGCCUCCUGGAGCUGAGUGCCACGGAGCCCUGCAGUUUCUCUGGGGAGGAGAUUGACAGGGAGGAUGAGGUGGAGGACGCCUUCACGGAAAAGGAGGAGGAACUGGUGGCGGUGGAGGAGGAGCGCAGUGUUGUCCUACACCUGCUCUCGCAGCUCAAGCUGGGCAUGGACCUCACACGGGUGGUGCUGCCCACCUUCAUCCUGGAGAAGCGCUCCUUGCUAGAGAUGUACGCUGACUUCAUGUCCCACCCAGACCUGUUCGUAGCCAUCACAGACGGCCAAGGGCCCGAGGAGCGCAUGGUGUGCUUCGUCGAGUACUACCUCACCUCCUUCCACGAAGGCCGCAAGGGCGCCAUCGCCAAGAAGCCCUACAACCCCAUCAUCGGCGAGAGCUUCCACUGCUCCUGGAAGGUGCCCAGAUCAGGGGAACCCGCCAAGGAUGCCCCCUCGCUCUCCUCUCCUCCCCAGGGAAGCCCCACCACCGAGGGGGAGAACGGCAGUUACCAGUUGCGCUUCGUGGCUGAGCAGGUGUCCCACCACCCACCCGUGUCGGGCUUCUAUGCCGAGUGCCCCGAGAGGCAGAUGUGCGUCAACACCCACGUGUGGACCAAGAGCAAGUUCAUGGGCAUGUCUAUCGGGGUGUCCAUGAUCGGGGAAGGCUGCCUAUACCUGCUGGAGCAUGACGAGGAGUACACGUUCACGCUGCCCUGUGCCUACGCCCGCUCCAUCCUUACCGUGCCCUGGGUGGAAUUGGGGGGAAAGGUAAAUGUGAACUGCACCAAGUCGGGAUACUCCGCAGUCAUCACCUUCCAGACCAAGCCCUUCUAUGGAGGCAAACUGCACAAGGUGACGGCGGAGGUAAAGCACAACACCACCAACGCCGUGGUGUGCCGCGUGCAGGGCGAGUGGAACGGCGUGCUCGAGUUCAGCUACCAGAACGGCGACACGCGCAUGGUGGACGUCACCAAGCUGCCCGUCACCAAGAAGCGGGUGCGCCCCAACGACAAGCAAGGACCAACUGAAUCAAGGCGCCUGUGGCAGCACGUGACUGAGUCGCUGCGUCAGAAAGACAUUGAGAAGGCCACGGAGUACAAGAGGAUCCUGGAGGAGAGACAGAGGACCGAGGAGAGACACCGCACUGAGACCGAGACCCCAUGGAGGACCAGAUAUUUUGAGAGCGAGGGCGAAGGCUGGAUGUAUCACAAACCACUGUGGAAAGCACCCACUCUGAAAACUUAGUCCUACCGGUCAGCGAGAUCCCAUCAUCGAUAACGGGUGUAGCCACGAGACUGACGAUCUCUUUUGGUUUGUGUGUGUGCGUGCGCGAGUGUGUGGGGUUAUUUCCUAAACGGUCGAGGUAAAGCGCGACCUCCACUUGCAUGCAUACGGAUGCAAAAGUAUUUGAAGCCCUAUAACGUGACGACAGGCUAUAUAGUUUCAUCUCACGCUCGCUGUACAGGCUUUUGUGCCGAUGAUGACUUUUUGUAUAAUCGACUCUGAAUGAGGACAUUUCUCCCUGUACAGAUAAAAAGGUACUCCGUUUACGCCGCCUUAACAACCGUAUGAAGCCGCGCUCGUUUGGAUUGUUUAAAGUGUUCAAGAAUCACGGUUCAGCAGAGGGAGGUUUGUUUUGUUUUACAGUGAUGUUGCACACGAGACCGAGAAUCGAAGUGCAUCUUUCAAAGUACACAAUUGACGUUCGAAGGUGUGAACUGGAUCGCCAUACUUUGGGACGUGAUUGGCAAGGCCCGGGUCAUGUUCAUUAGGGCAUGUGACAAUGUUUUUUUUUUUUUUACGCAUUACAAUGGAAAAUGAGUUCUUAUUGGAUAUGUGCAUACAGUCCCUCCCUGUUCCAGUGAGUUUAAUUCCGUUUGGUGCCUAAUGACACAGCUUGGAUAAGACGCACACAACCUGUCACUACAAUGAACAAGUUUAAAAUGGGGACAAUGUUCCUGAAUUCAUACUGUAGGUAACGAAUGACAUUACUCCUUUUGGUUUUGCUCAGACGUCUCCAUUUGGAUGAUUCCAUCGUUCAGAAUGAAUGACAAGGCUUGGCAUGAUACAGGUAGUAUUUUUUACGAUUUAGGCCCGCAAAGUGAAUGCAUUUGUAGAUAUGAGAUGUAUGAUAAAGUCACAAUCAUUUCUUUCGCAGUCCCAAAGGGAUAUAGUUCUCCUUCCUUGCUUGAGGAAUUUUGGAAAAUGGAACAUGAUGAGCAAUGUCUUUUUUUUCCUUUUUUUUCCCCCCUUUGUGUACUGCAAGUAUUAUACUCUGGUUACUAUGUCUGAAUUCCACAAUUUAAUGUUUUGUUAAAGCUUUUAACCAAAUUCAUUUGUUUUCAUAUGCAAACAAAUGUUUUACUUAUUUUUCUGUUUAAGAAUGAAUGUUAACCUCCUGGAUAUCUCAGUCAGUCUGUUCUGAUUUGGAGAAUAAUAUAUAACUAAUAUCGUAUAACUAAUAUCGUCACCUUAUUUGUUGGUUUUGAAUGCGAUUGUGCCCUUGCAGUGUUUCUUUUCAAAAGCUACGGUUCUCAAAUUGUCAUUCCCCUCCCCAAAUGUAUGUAAAAUACACAGAAGUGGAGUCUCAUGAACACUAAUGCAGUCAAUAUCAGCCUGGAAAGGUGUCCCCAACCCCUUUUUGAUAGGUAGAAUGCAAAGAGAAGACCUGCUUGAAGCAUGGGGAUGUGACUUAACUCCGCAUUGAUAACCUACUCUCUCCACGUCAUGGUGCCUUAAGCAAUCUCUUCCUAUGUGCUUCUUCCAGUCCAAGAUUAUAGCAUCUCCCCCCAGGGAUGGAUUACUGCAUUUGGAAGUCAGCUAAUUCAUAGCAGUGUCACACUGCUAUUCUACACAUUUUGGCAUGAGCCUAAGUACAUUUAGCUGUUUUUAAAGCUCAUUUUGGGUAAUUCUACAUAUGAUAUCUGCCCCUGACCUCCAAGGGGAAGCAACCCGUUGAGGUCGGGGACCCCGGGGCAUAUGCCCUGUGUGCGAGUUCUGUAAUCCAGCCCUGUUUGUUUCCCUGUCACCGUUAUGAAUGAUGCGAUCGUAUGUAAAUAUUGAUUAGUUUUGGGGUAUUUGUUGCGCUCUUUCCUGUUUUGAAGAAAGACAUUAGUAGCGCAGACUCCUGAAUGGUGUUUUACACGUCGACUUGGUGGUUUGGAAUAUUACUUGUUUGUCUUGCUGACCUGUGAAAUGCACUGACAUUGAAGGAAACAUGACUCCUUGUAGACUAAGAUAUGUGUGGUAAUGACUGAUUUAAAUAAAUUGCCUAUCAAUUAAGAAAA